GAAGAGAAUGCCAAGAUGGCAGUCCCACCACACAUCCCUGGUCCAGACUGCCUGCGCCCAUUCACUCGCGAGUCUUUGGCGGCGAUAGAGAAACGCAUUGCUGAGCAGGAGGCCAAGGACUUGAAGAAGCAACAUGAAGAGGUUCUGGAUGAAGCUCAUGAACCCAAGCCCCGCAGUGACCUGGAGCAAGGAAAAACCCUCCCGGUGAUCUAUGGGGACCCACCCUUAGAUUUAAUUGGAGUGCCCCUAGAAGAGCUUGACCAGUUCUAUCUGAAUCAAAAGACGUACAUCAUUCUCACCAAAGGGAAGACUAUUUUCCGGUUCAGCACUACACCUGCCCUCUAUAUGUUAGACCCGUUCAAUAUUGUCCGGAGGGGUGCCAUCCGAGUGCUGACACAUUCAUUAUUCAGCAUGUUUAUAAUGAUAACCAUCUUAACAAACUGUGUCUUCAUGGCCAUGAGUGAACCACCGUCGUGGGCCAAGAACGUGGAGUAUACUUUUACAGGCAUCUACACCUUUGAGUCUAUGAUCAAGAUACUUGCUCGGGGAUUCUGCAUUGACAGUUUUACAUUCCUGCGAGAUCCAUGGAACUGGCUGGAUUUCAGCGUUAUUGUUAUGGCUUAUGUCACAGAGUUUGUGGAUUUGGGCAACAUCUCUGCUCUGCGGACGUUCCGGGUUCUCCGGGCACUUAAAACCAUCACAGUUAUUCCAGGGCUGAAAACAAUUGUGGGCGCCUUGAUCCAGUCGGUGAAGAAGCUUUCGGAUGUCAUGAUCCUCACUGUGUUCUGCUUGGCCGUCUUUGCCCUCGUCGGCCUGCAGCUCUUUAUGGGGAACCUGCGGCAAAAGUGUGUCCGGUGGCCACCCCCCAUCAAUGGCACUUUUCAAGAGGAAGUCUUUGGACUUGACAGCGAUGGGACCUUUGGCACGUUGGCAAAUGCAACUCUGCUUAGUAAUGUGAGCGCCAACUACACUUUUGUCUGGGACGAAUACAUCCAUGAUGAAGCCAAUUUCUACUUCCUGGAUGGUGCCCUUGACGCUCUGCUCUGUGGAAACAGUUCCGAUGCUGGGCAGUGCCCGGAAGGCUUCCUUUGCAUGAAAGCUGGUCGAAACCCAAACUACGGCUACACAAGUUAUGACACCUUCAGUUGGGCCUUCCUGGCGCUCUUCCGCCUCAUGACUCAGGACUACUGGGAGAACCUCUUCCAGCUGACCCUGCGAGCUGCUGGGAAGACAUACAUGAUUUUUUUCGUUGUGGUAAUCUUCCUGGGCUCCUUCUACCUGAUCAACUUGAUCCUGGCUGUGGUGGCAAUGGCCUAUGCCGAUCAGAACGAUGCAACGUUGCUGGAGGAGCAGGAGAAGGAAGCGGAGUUCCAGCAGAUGCUGGAGCAGCUGAAGAAACAUCAGGAGGAGCAGCAGAGGCUGCUUCAAGAACAAGCAGCAAACAGCAGCUCUGCAGAGAGUAUCGUAGUGGAGAAGAAAAAGACGGGGGACUCUGACCAAGAGGCACCCAGCGACCAGGACUGCAAAGGUCGGGUCAUACCACACUUGGUGUUGCAGCGAUCGGCCACAAUAGAUGAGUCAGACCCUUUGGAGGAGCAUGUGAAGUCUGACCAGAACCACCUGCAAGUGGGCAAUCAGGAUGGGACCGGUUUGCAGAAGCGAGCAGAAAGUGCGCUCAGUAUCGUCUCCAACACCCUGGAAGAGCUGGAGGAGGCACACCAGAAGUGUCCGCCCUGGUGGUACAAGUUUGCCCACGCGGUCCUUGUGUGGAACUGUUGCCCACCGUGGGUAAAGCUUAAGCAUUAUGUCAAGCUCUUCGUCAUGGACCCCUUUGUGGAUCUGGGGAUCACCAUCUGCAUUGUCCUCAAUACUGUCUUCAUGGCCAUGGAACACUACCCAAUGACUGAGGAGUUCAACAAUGUGCUGGGUGUGGGCAACCUGGUCUUCACUGGAAUAUUCACAGCUGAGAUGGUGCUCAAACUGAUUGCUCUAGACCCCUAUGAGUACUUCCAGCAAGGAUGGAAUAUUUUUGACAGCAUCAUCGUCACCCUGAGCUUGGUGGAGCUCGGCCUCGCCAACGUCCAGGGGCUUUCUGUGCUCCGAUCCUUUCGUCUGAUGAGAGUUUUCAAGCUUGCAAAAUCCUGGCCGACCCUCAACAUGCUGAUCAAAAUCAUUGGCAACUCAGUGGGCGCUCUGGGCAAUCUCACCUUGGUGCUGGCCAUCAUUGUGUUCAUCUUUGCCGUGGUGGGCAUGCAGCUGUUUGGGAAGAGCUACAAGGAGUGCGUCUGCAAGAUCUCCACCGACUGUGUGCUGCCGCGCUGGCACAUGCACGACUUCUUCCAUUCCUUCCUCAUCAUCUUCCGCAUCCUUUGUGGCGAGUGGAUCGAGACCAUGUGGGACUGUAUGGAGGUGGCUGGGCAGCCCUUGUGCCUCAUCGUCUUCAUGAUGGUCAUGGUCAUCGGGAACCUGGUGGUUCUCAACUUGUUCUUGGCUUUGCUGCUGAGUUCCUUCAGUGCUGAUAGUCUUGCAGGCUCUGAUGAUGACGGCGAGAUGAAUAAUUUGCAGAUCGCAAUUGGCAGGAUCACACGGGGGAUUGACUUUGUCAAGAAGCAGGUGCUGCAGCUGCUUCACCAGCUGUGGAAGGGGAAGAAGGAACCACCAAGCAAGGAGCAGGAUGACAGCAAGAAGGAGAACAUUGUCCUCAACCACAUGGACACAGGCCAGGACUCCAAGUCUGAUUACAUGGAUGGCAUAGCCAAAAAAGAGUCAGUCAUAGAUGAGUUGCGCGAUGUGGGCCAGGACUCCAAAUCUGAUUACGUCGAUGGCAUAGCCAAAAAACAGCUGGUAAUUAAUGGGAUGGACAUCAGCCAGGGCUCCAAACCAAACUACUUGGAUCGCAUCGCGAAAAGAGCACCAUUCAUUGAUGACUUGGAUCACAUGAACUUCAUUAACAAUCCCAACCUGACCAUACAUGUCCCAAUAGCCUCUGAAGAGUCUGACCUGUAUGAUGAAACGGACACGGGGGAAGAGACUGCUGAAGACACCAAGGUAACCAAGAAGACGCUGUCAGAUGGGACUGAGUCGUCUAUUUGCAGCACAGUGGAUUACAAGCCUCCUGACCCUGUGGAGGAGGAAGUCAUGGCUGAGGAGGCUGCAGAGAGCGAUGGGCCACAGGAAUGCUUUACCGAAGCCUGCGUUAAGCGGUGCCCUUGCCUCUACGUUGACAUCAAAACGGAAAAGGGAAAGAAGUGGUGGAAUCUUCGGAAGACAUGUUUCACAAUAGUGGAGCACAACUGGUUUGAAACCUUCAUCAUCUUCAUGAUCCUCCUGAGCAGCGGGGCUCUAGCUUUUGAAGACAUCUAUAUUGAGCGGCGACAGACGAUCCGCACCAUUCUGGAGUAUGCUGACAAGGUCUUCUCCUAUAUCUUUGUGUUCGAGAUGCUACUGAAAUGGGUGGCGUAUGGGUUCAAAGUCUACUUCACCAAUGCCUGGUGCUGGUUGGACUUCCUCAUUGUUGAUGUAUCUCUAAUCAGCUUGACCGCAAACUGGAUGGGCUAUUCCGAGCUGGGAGCCAUCAAAUCCCUCAGGACGCUCCGUGCACUGAGACCUCUUCGGGCCUUAUCCAGAUUUGAAGGCAUGAGGGUAGUCGUGAAUGCCCUUCUGGGGGCCAUCCCAUCUAUCAUGAAUGUCCUCUUGGUCUGCUUGAUCUUCUGGCUCAUCUUUAGCAUUAUGGGGGUCAACCUCUUUGCAGGGAAGUAUUACCGGUGCAUCAACACCACCACCGAUGAGCUCUUUGACAUCAGUGUAGUGAACAACAAGACCGACUGCCUGGCCCUUAACUACACCAAUGAGAUCCGCUGGGUCAAUGUAAAAGUCAACUUUGACAAUGUGGGCUUUGGCUACCUCUCUCUUCUGCAGGUGGCCACAUUCAAAGGCUGGAUGGACAUCAUGUAUGCCGCUGUUGAUUCCCGUGAGGUGGAACAACAGCCCAAGUAUGAAGUAAACCUCUACAUGUAUCUCUAUUUUGUCAUCUUCAUCAUCUUUGGUGCGUUCUUCACCCUCAAUCUGUUUAUCGGUGUCAUUAUCGACAAUUUCAACCAGCAGAAGAAAAAGUUUGGAGGAAAGGACAUCUUCAUGACAGAGGAACAAAAGAAAUACUACAACGCCAUGAAGAAGCUGGGCUCGAAAAAGCCGGUGAAGCCCAUUCCUAGGCCCCAGAACAAAUUUCAAGGGAUGAUCUUUGACUUUGUGACCCAGCAAGCCUUUGAUAUAGUCAUCAUGAUCCUCAUUUGUCUUAACAUGGUGACGAUGAUGGUGGAAACAGACAACCAGAGCCAAACCAAAAUAAAAAUUUUAUUCCAAGUCAACAUGGUUUUCAUCGUGAUCUUCACAGCUGAGUGCUUUCUCAAGAUGGUCGCCCUGAGGUACUACUUCUUCACCAUUGGAUGGAACAUCUUCGAUUUUGUUGUGGUCAUUCUCUCCAUCAUAGGACUUGUUCUCUCAGACAUCAUUGAGAAGUACUUUGUGUCCCCCACGCUCUUCAGGGUCAUUCGCUUGGCUAGAAUUGGGCGUGUUCUCCGGCUGAUCAAGGGGGCGAAGGGCAUCCGGACCCUCCUCUUUGCCCUGAUGAUGUCCCUGCCGGCCCUCUUUAAUAUCGGCCUGCUUCUUUUCCUGGUCAUGUUCAUCUAUUCCAUUUUUGGGAUGUCCAAUUUUGCCUAUGUGAAGAAGGAAUCCGGAAUUGACGACAUGUUCAACUUUGAGACUUUUGGCAACAGCAUCAUCUGCCUCUUCAUGAUCACCACCUCAGCCGGCUGGGAUGGCUUAUUGAACCCCAUCUUGAACAGGGGGCCCCCAGACUGCGAUCCUCACCUAGAACACCCUGGCAGUUCGGUCAGGGGUGACUGUGGCAACACCACCAUCGGCAUUGCCUUCUUCUGCAGCUACAUCAUCAUCUCCUUCUUGAUAGUGGUCAACAUGUAUAUUGCCAUCAUCCUGGAGAACUUCAACGUAGCCACAGAAGAGAGCAGUGAGCCGCUAUGUGAAGAUGACUUUGAAAUGUUCUAUGAAACUUGGGAGAAGUUUGACCCCGAUGCCACACAGUUCAUUGAGUACAGCAUCCUCUCUGACUUUGCAGAUACCUUGCAAGAGCCGCUGCGAAUUGCUAAACCGAACAAGAUCAAGUUGGUCACUUUAGACUUGCCCAUGGUUCCUGGGGAUAAGAUCCAUUGUUUGGACAUCCUCUUUGCCCUUACCAAAGAAGUAUUGGGGGACUCUGGGGAAAUGGAUGCCCUGAAGGAGUCCAUGGAGGAGAAAUUUAUGGCUGCCAAUCCCUCCAAAGUUUCCUAUGAACCCAUCACUACAACACUGAAAAGGAAGCAUGAGGAAGUGUGUGCCAUCAAAAUCCAACGGGCGUUCCGACGACAUCUCUUAAAGCGAUCAGUGAAACAGGCCUCUUAUCUGUAUCGGCACAGCCAAGAUGAGGCCACGCUGGCAGAAGGCGCCCCAGAGAAAGAAGGGCUGAUUGCAGAUAAUAUGAAUUUAAUGUACGGGCCUUUGGCAACUCAGGCGGAAACUGAAGCGUCAUCAGAAUCAGCCCCACCUCUCAGCCUUGGGUUAGUUGCUGAUCCAAAGACUGACCCCAGUGCAAAGAAGGAUGAUCCCGGGGAAGGGAAAGAGGAUGAUCCCGGGGAAGGGAAAGAGGAUGAUCCCAGCAAAACAAAAGAGAGAGAGGCCACCAAACGUGGUGUCAAAGAGUCAUUUGUAUAA